UUUCACAAUGAGUACUCCAUUAUUGCUGUAAACAACGCAGAGAAGUAAAUUUAAUUAGUGGAUUCAGUCACAACAUUUAUAGCUGUACAACAGCACAUCUUAAAUAUUUUCAACAAUAACAGUAACAAAGUGCUUCCAGCUGAGACUUGUCCAUGUCUCUCUUGCACUGUGCUUGCACGAAGGCACGCGUUAGCGACUCUCCCUCUGCCAACAAACCCUUCGAUAGGAGCAUCUACACGCCCCUGGGUGAUGAUCGAGGUGAUGUGACUGCCCGGUCGGAGGCAUCCUCAUCCGAUAGUUUCAGUUCCACGACCGCCAUGUUGGAGUUUGAGUCGGAUGCCUCUUCCUAUGAGCUGUACUCAGUCAUAGGCAAAGGGCAUCAGGACUCGGCCACCAUAUCACUGGCGAAGCACCUGACAUCUGGAGCGACUAUUGCCAUCAAACGUACUGACCUGGAGGCCAAUGACCUGGACCUGAAUCUACUCCAGCGGGAGAUCGUUCUGUGCAAGCAGCUGCAGCAUGAGAAGAUACUGCCGCACUACAAGAACUUCAUCCACGGGCAGGAGCUGUGGUCAAUCAUGCCUCUCAUGGCCUUCGGUUCUAGUCGUGAUCUGAUCCAUGCGUUCUUCACCAUUGGGCUUCCCGAACAAGCCAUAGCCUACGUGCUAAGAGACACACUGUUAGCACUGGAGUAUCUACACAAUCGAGGAAUUAUUCACAGGGGUAUCAAAGCUAGUCACAUUCUGAUCUCCGCGGCGGGGAAGGUGUGUUUGUCGGGGCUGCAGACGGCCAUCUUCAUGAUGCAGGAUGGCAAGAGACUGCGAGUUGUCCAUGACUACCCAGACAAUGCUAUAGAGCACCUGCAGUGGUUCAGUCCAGAAAUACUAGAACAGAAUUUAUCAGGCUAUGACACUAAGUCUGACAUCUACAGUCUGGGUGUCACAGCAUGUGAACUAGCCAAUGGACAGGCUCCCUUCACAGACAUGCCCGUCACACAGAUGCUUCUUGAAAAACUGAAUGGAACCAAGCCAAUGUUAGCAGAUUCAACAACUGUAGGGAAUUUUGUAACAGAGGAUGCCAUUUCAGAAUCUGAUGGUGCCCGAGCUGAUGAUGCCAAUAGACCUGAAAAAGUUUUUUUUGAAAGAACGUUUUCACAGCAUUUUCACAACUUUGUAUCACUAUGUUUAGAAAGAGAUGUUGAACAAAGGCCAAGUGCUGCAUUUUUACUUAAUCACCCACUGUUUAAGAAUUUGCGACGGAAAACAUCUGAGGCCUUACCAGCAUUGCUGCAUCCAGUCACACCCUUGACGGACAUCAGUAAACUACCUAAAGACAACUCGGCCAUGUCUGAUCUGACACAGCAGCUGGAGGAGGUGUCCAUGGAGGAGGACUGGUCAUUUGACUGACAGCAGUAGUCACAGCCCAUUGUCUUUGUUGACAAGAAUUGAAUUGUUAAGGAUAACUGUGUGGCCGAGAUCCUUUUUGAUGAGAACAAUAUAUUUGACUGAAGUUGUUGUCAAAGGAAACUGCAGAUUUGCAUGAGAAUCUUGUCAAAGAUAUAUGUUUGUUUGUCUCAAAUCCUUGUCAAAGAUAAAAGGUUUGCCUGAGAUUCAGUCAAAGAUAAAUAGUAGUUUACCUCACAUCCUUGUCAAAGAUAAAUGGUGGUUUGUCUGAGAUCCUUGUCAAAGAUAAAUGGGGCUUUGCCUGAUAUUCUUGUCAAAGGUAAAUGGUGGAUUGCCUGAGAUCCUUGUCAGUGAAAACUGUAGAUUUUGCCCGAGAUCCUUUCAAAAAUAUUGGUAUGUGGUGGUUUGGCUAACAUCAUUUUCAUUAAGACUGCUGAUUUAUUAAGAUCCUUGUCAAAGAUUACUGAUAGUUUAGUUGAUUUUCUUGUUGAAAAGAGCUGGAGGUUUGGCUGGUAUCCUUGUCCUGCAGCUUGAGUGAAACUCAUGCAGACCUUUGUGGAUAAUGUUUCACUGAAAUUGUGGAUGUUUGGUUGACAUCUUUGACAAUGGUAUGUAUAAGGGCUGGGACGAGUCCAAAUUUACUACCCGGGUACCCAACCCCCUAUUACCCGACCCUACCCGGGUACCCACUGUAGGUCUGAGGAGAUGUCUCAAAAUGUCGGAUUGGGAACAUUUUUAGCAUAGCCCUGGCAAAACGUAUUUAGAUACAUAUAUUAAACAAUCUGGUCAUUCAUACAGUGAAGUUGAAUUAAGACGUAUCUUUAUUCAACCAUAUGAAAAAUCAGAAGGAUGCAGAUGGGUGCAUAGUGAGAAAGAAUUGGGAACAAUAGUGACAUGUAGUGUAACCAUAGAGUUCUAGAUAAUUCAUUGUCAUUAAACAAUAUAACCAUGGGUCCGGGUCCAGGUCCGGGUCCGGGUAGUCCUGUGGGGACCCAGGACCUACUCAGUACCCACCCGACCUGGGUACCUGAGUUACCCGUCCCAGCCCUAGUAUGUAUGUGUCUGGUUGAGAUCCUUGACAAUGGUAUAUAUGUGUCCUGUUGAGAUCCUUGAUAAUGGUAUAUAUGUGUCUGAUUCAGAUCCGUGACUAUGGUAUAUAUGUGUCUGGUUCAGAUCCUUGAUUAUGGUAUAUAUGUGUCUGGUUCAGAUCCUUGACUAUGGUAUAUAUGUGUCUGGUUCAGAUCCUUGACUAUGGUAUAUAUGUGUCCGGUUCAGAUCCUUGACUAUGGUAUAUAUGUGUCUGGUUCAGAUCCUUGACUAUGGUAUAUAUGUGUCUGGUUCAGAUCCUUGACUAUGGUAUAUAUGUGUCCGGUUCAGAUCCUUGACUAUGGUAUAUAUGUGUCUGGUUCAGAUCCUUGACUAUGGUAUAUAUGUGUCUGGUUCAGAUCCUUGUCUAUGGUAAUUAACUGCAGAUAUUACUGACAUAUAUCCAGCAGAUAUCCAGGAUGUUUGUUGACACUCAUGGAGAUAAUUGUAGGUUUGUCUGAGAUCAUUGUCAAAGAGAAUGGUGUUCAACUGAGAAACUUGUCAGUGUUUUACCAAAAGACUAAAUGAGAAUCAUGAACUGGAUGUUGAACACGACUCUAUUGUAUGGAUAACAACUUCUUUAUUUUUUGUGACAAUGUUAAAGGGGUACUUUUUGUCUAUUCAUCAUGUGAAUGUUGUACAGCUGUGUUUGACCAGAUUGACUGUAUGCUAGAUAUAUGUGAACUUGAAGAGUGGACAUUUGACUGUCAUCUUACUAUCAAGAGGACAUUUUGUUUGAUAAGAACAGACUGGAAAGCUAAAAUCAAGAAACAUUUCUGUCAUGAGCAUGAUUUCAUUAACAUUUUUCAGAGUCAAACUUGGAGUGUGUGUGUUUUCCCGAGAUGUUCUUUAAUGAACAUCAUUUUAUUUAUUGGUAAAUAUUUGGCUUCAUUCUCAACCAAUUUUUGCAAGCAGUCCAAGAGAUAAUUUCCCAAUGUCUAUCAGUGUAAGACUAUGUUAUAUGGUUUUUUGAGGUGAAACCAACACACGGAGCUGUAACAAUGUACAAUGUUAUUAGUAGUUCCUGUUGGUCUAACUGAAUAGUCAUGGUUAUAUUUGGCUUGACCUCCUGUUGACCAGCAGUGUGCAAUGGCCAGGUGUAGGCAAUGUCAGCUGAGAUUAUAUACAUAUACAUAUGCUUGUUGGCUCCGGUAUCAGCACAUGUACACUGCUCUCCAAGCAUGCUUGACACAGGCACGGGCAGUUGUCCUCUAGGUGCCUAUGUGCAGGUUGCCUCUUCGGUGGCCAGAAACCUGGGAUGAUGUUUUUUUAUCGAUGCUCAUGAUAUCAAUCACUAGAUUGUCUUGUCCAAGCUUGAUUUUUUACAGACCGCCAUCAUAUAUCUGGAAUAUUGCUAAGUGGGGAGUUAAGCAACAAAGAAACAAACAAAUCAUGGGUUUGAAUACAUAAUAUCGUCCUGACUAUAAUCAUUGCUUUGUCAGUAUGGUACCCGAGCUCAUGGGUUUCACCGAAGUGGUAAAGUGGUAAAGUGCUUGUACAGACAAGGAUUGAUGAGAGGAACAAUUCAAGAAUUAACGAAUUCACUUUUCAUGUGUACUAAAAUCAGAUGGUUUAAAAGAUUCUUCGAGCCUCAAGGAGUAAUCAAGCUACUAUGUAUCAGUAUUCAACAGUACCGGGUAAUGUUGCCAUGUUUUUUGUAUUUGAAGUUUUUUCCCAGCAAAUAAUCAAAAGUGGCAACAUGAAUUAGAAUGUUACCUUUCAUUGCCAUGCAUCUUAAAAGUAUAAGUAACAUCUACAGCAUCCGAGUUCAUUUAUUAUCUUGUGUAGAAUUUCUUUGACAGGCAUUUAGAUGUUGGAGUGAGGAUAAGAUAUAUUGAUGAAAAACUUGGUUAUUACAAUUAGGAGCUGUGGGUGUAGGUUCUAACAGCAUUAUCAAGCACUACCUUCACCGAAACUUGGCUCCUAAUUGUACAAGGAAGUUGAUUAUCUAUAUAUCUUAUCCUAACUUUGUGUGUAAUCAUUUGAAAGAUAUAUUGCAUUACCAUGAUUACAGUUUGGAAAUCUUGUGUCUUGUGCUUUUUCUAUUGUUUACAGAUACAAUCAUGUUGCAUGUCAAUCAUUUGUUUUAAAAAUGAACAUGUGGAGUUUAAUUGUAGUUUCAAUAUGGGAAAUUAGGAAAUAUGUAUACUGGAUGAAAGCUUCACUUAUUUAUGAGAACAGUGAACGAAAGACAGGAAGCUAAUGGGAUGAAAGUGAUGUUUUUUAUUAAGUUGUCAAUGAUCAAUAAUAUGUUAAAGAUGUCUAGUUUGAGAUUUUCAUCAGUUUCAGUAAAUUUUAUCGAGUUGAAAACCUGUUGACUGUUUACAGUGAAAUUGUCUGGAUUAACAAGUGUUCUGUUUAGCAAGUAGUAUCGUUUGUGUACACAUUCCUAACAGAUUCAUCCUGACUUACAUUGUUUCAAUGUUAUGUAUUUAUCCUACAUAUCUGUGAUUUAUGAUAUUAGUGUAUUAAAUAAAGAUGCAAUAUGACUAUUAAUAUGUGAUAUCACUAUGGAGACAAGGAAAUACAUCAUAUUUAUUUGUGUUUGGUCAUGUUUAUUUCUUCUGAUCAAAAAUCUAAUUAAAGACCAAGUAAAAUGUUGUACAAAUAUCAUGACAGUAGCUUAUUGCUUUUAGAUUUCCAGCUAUAAUAUAUUGUCGGCAUACCCUUCAAGUAUUUCAUGAAUGGUAGAAAUUAUUGCAGUUUGGUUCUUGAAAACUGGAUAAACUAGGUUAUUGUAGCGUAAUAUUACAUUUGACUGUCCAUGGCAUCACUAGCUUGAUACAGGACGGACCAUUUAAUAGUUAGGGGGAGGCCUGGGAUUAUGGUUUGAGACAGAAUAUAUUCAGUCAAGUGUUUCAGUACAUUAGGUAAUUCCUCUGAAAGGAGGACCCAAACUACUCUUGUUUUCAUCCACAACAAAAUAUUUCCUGGGUACCCAGCAGGGCCAGUGAAUGAUCUUAUUUACCACAUCCUUCAAGCAGUUUGGGGAGGAGAUUAUUUUUAUUUUUGUUAAAAAUAUAUAUGUCCAAACCAAAACCCUUCCCCACCCUGCAAAAAAUUGCAAAAGACCUGUCAGUAUCGCCUGUUCACCAGUGUGAAGUCUUUUUAAGAGUUAUGUUAUCCCUUUAUGUGUUGUUCAUCUAUGUCACUGUUUUUGUAUGGACUCGUCUGAAAUACAUCUGUUUCAAUGAGUAAGUUGUAAAGUCCAAUAGUAAUGAACAUUAUCAAUUGC